AAACAACAACGUUGACCUGUCAAAGUGUAGCGAGGUCAGCGUGCCGUUUCCUCGUUGUCUUUUCAUUAACAGGUCAAGACAGUAAAGAGCGGACACUUAGGCAAAAAUCACCAUUAUUAGCUGAUUUAGACGAUGCACAUUAACCGCUAUUGACUGGCUGCUCGAAAUUAUUGUAUUUUUGCAGUUGCUUAGCCUGUUAGCUAAUCUUUACGUGCUUACGCUUAUCUGAAGGAAAUGGGCUAUGUUCUUGUUAAUGAAACUUAAGUUCUAAUUGUAUGGCUUUAUGGCUGAUGGUGGGGGAAUUCCUCACGCCUAAUUAUGUACAAAUUGGUUCGACUGUCAUUAGGAGUAAGUUCCUGCUGUCGAUUUCUUCACGGCGUGCAGAAGGCUGCUCGGACAAAACUAUUAACACCAAAGCUAAACUCGUCUUGGAUAUACCCGUCUUGGAACGGUGUCUUUUCGCUAGAACGAACAUAUUGCAAUAAAAGCACAGCGAUUGUGGAUCUUCUCCGGCAGGACUCUGUCCAAGUGUAUUUGCACGGUCUUGUCGUGGAAUACCAUGACAUCACGCAGCGACUGGAGAAUGGAUUGCUGGAGGACUCUGAAAGAAAACUGCUUAACAGGCGACACGUGGAGCUACUGCCUUUGGUUACCGCAUUUCAAAACACGGAGGACGCCGUGAAUGAUUUGAAAGAGGUGGAAGCCCUUCUCAAAAGGGCUGACGAAGAUGAGCAGAUGAUUGAGCUACUGAAAGAAGAGCAGGCACAGAUCGAAAAACGAAUCGAUGCAUUCAGAAACAAACUCCUCCAGUCAAUGAUACCCAGUGAUGAACACGACACAAACGAUGUGAUUUUGGAGGUGGUUGCAGGACGGACAACAGGAGGUGAUAUUUGUCAACAGUUCACACGAGAGGUGUUUGACAUGUAUCAGGAGUUUUCCAGCUACAAAAACUGGCAGUUCGAAGUGUUGAAUUAUACCCCUGCUGAAUACGGUGGACUACAUCACGCGGCUGCUAGGGUCUCGGGAGAUGGCGUCUACAAGCACCUGAAAUACGAGGGUGGGACACACCGUGUGCAGAGGAUCCCAGAAACUGGCCUGUCGUCCAGAAUGGAGAAGAUCCACACGGGAACGAUGACCGUCAUUAUUCUGCCCCAGCCCAGCAAGAUAGACAUCAGCAUUGACCCAAAGGAGCUGCGGAUUGACACGUUUCGAUCCAGAGGAGCGGGCGGCCAAAGUGUGAACACAACGGACAGUGCCGUUAGAAUAACACACAUUCCCACAGGGAUAUCGGCGGAGUGCCAGCAGACACGCUCGCAGCUGCAGAAUCGAGACACAGCCAUGCGCGUGCUGAGGGCCCGCAUGUACCAGCGCAUGCUGGACCAGGAGGGCGCGCAGCGACACACGGCUCGCAGGCUCCAGGUCGGGACCCGCUCCCAGUCGGAGAGGAUCCGUACGUACAACUUCACGCAGAACCGCGUGACGGACCACCGGACCGGAUAUACGAGCCGGGAGAUCAAGGAGUUUCUGAGGGGAGGGGAGCUGCUGGAUGACCUGAUGGCGGAGCUCAUGGAGCAGGCUGACAGGGAGGCGGUCCUGGAGCUCCUGGAGCAGGGCGGCCCAGGCGGGGAGGGGAUCGCCCGCGGAGCUCGCUCCCUGGACUCCUGAACGCAGGUCCGCGGGGUACGCUGGAGACUCAUCCCCACAGGAACCACCGAACCGCAUCCGAGUCCAGCAAUCAGGCCAUUUACCCAAUGAACAUGGACACGUUAUUGUACCAAAUACUGUAUUUAUAUUAGUUAUCUAAAUAAACAAAUAGUUGAUGCUGUU